AUGGCAUCUAGCUCACCAAUGUUUAAUGAUCAUGCAAUUGCAAGAUCAAAAUAUGCAUUAAAUAGUGUACUUCAACAAACAAAUGAAUUACAUGAUGGAAAUGGUGGUGGUGGAUACACACCAUCCUCACCACAUUUAGGAGGUGUAUCAUUAAAUAAAUCACAAAAUCAGCCAUAUACUCAAUAUAAUAAUGGUGGUGGUGGCGGUGGUGGUGGUGGUGGUCAUAUUAAUCCCAUGCAUUUAAAUUUAAAUUCAAUUACAAAUAAUCAUAAUAAUCAUCAUAAUCAUCAUCCAAAUACAUUAAGUACACCACAUAAUAAUAAUCAUAAUAAUAAUAAUCAUAGUACAUCACAUCAUCCACAUAGUAAUAGUGUUGCAAAUGGUGGUCAUUUAUCACAAUCGAUCACACAACAAAGGGGUGGAUUGGCAGAUUUAGCAAAUGCUGUAAUCAAUAGAAAAAAUAGAUCAGAUUCAGUACAAACCAAAAUGAAACCAACCGAUUCAGCUAGUAAUAUAGAAUCUUGGGCAAAAGUUGAAAAAUUCUCAAGUUCAAUCUUUGAUUCUGAAAAAAGUAAAAAAUCAAACAUUUUCCAAAAAUAUACUCUCAGAUUAAAAAAUUCUUAUGAAAAAGGUUAUUUACAUCAACAUUAUAAUUCACAAAUUAUGUUAUUAAGAAUUACAAAUUUAAUUGGUAUAGUUGCAGUUUCAUAUGGAUUUACAAAAGAAGCGAUUUUUAUGUUAAUUGCAAUUAGAAUAUUAUGUUUUAAUUUAUUUGCAUUUUCAAUAUUUUUAUCAUUUUUAAGAAAUCGUGAAUUGUAUAAAAAGUUAUUUCAUCCAUUAUUUUUAUUUUCAUUUACAACAUUUUUCAUUACAAUUUUAUUGGAAUAUAAAACCACAACAACAACAUUAAUUUUAUUUCUAUAUGUUGUAAUAUUUUGUUGUCUAUAUGCACUCGGUUGUUUAUUAUUCAUUUGGAUGGUAAUGUGUAAUUUAAUGAAUGCAAUUUGUUUCAUUAUUUUCAUAUUCUUAGAAUCAACACUCGAUAGAAAUAAUUUAAUUUCUUUUGUAAUUUAUAUUUUAACAAUGUUUUUAGUUGGUGCAAGUCAUUUAUAUGUUUUAGAAAAGUUUAGAAAAGAGAGUUUUAUUGCAGAAAAGAAAUUAAUUAAAGAAUCAAAUAUUUUAAAGAAUGAAAAAGAGAAAUCAUCAAAAUUAUUAAAUAAUAUUUUACCAGAUUUUAUUAUUGAAAAUAUUGUAUAUGAUUUUGAAAAGAGAGAUAUUGUAAUUCCAGAGCCAGAAGAGUACAAAUCAUGUUCAAUACUUUGUUUUGAUAUUGUUCAAUUUACAAAUAUGAGUGCAAAAUUAGAUUCACCAUCACGUUUGGUUGAUUUGUUAACCCAAGUAUUUAGAGAAUUCGAUACAGUAGUCUUAAGAAAUGGUUGUCAAAAAAUUAAAACUGAUGGUGAUGCUUACAUUUGUGCUUGUGGUUUAAAGAGUAAAAAGAAAGCAAAGAAACAAAUGCCAAAUAGUAAAAGUACUCCACUUUUACAAUCAACUUCUUCAACAAGUGUAAAUAAUAUAGAUUUAGAUAAAGAUAAUAAAGAUAAUAAUAAUAAUAAUAAUAAUAAUAAAAAUAGUAACAAUAAUUUUAAAAAUAAAAAUAAUAUUAUUAAUAAUAAUAAUAAUAGCAAUAGCAACAACAACAAUAACAAUAACAGCAACAACAACAACAUCAAUAACAGCGGUAAUGAUGAUGAUGAUGAAGAAAUUGAAGAUAGUGAAUUAGAACAUUUUGAAAAAUUAAUUGAUGUUGCAAUUGAAAUUAUGAAUUUAGAUGUUUUAAAAGAGACUGGUAAUACUGAAGGUAUUCAAGUACAAUUUAGAUGUGGUAUUGCAGCUGGUUCAGUUUAUGGUGGUGUUAUUGGUUCUCAAAAGUAUCAAUUCGAUAUUUGGGGUGAUACAAUCGCCAGAAGUCAUACCCUCGAACAAUUGGGUCAACCAGGUAAAGUUCAUGUUGGCGAAACAAUCAUGACCCACAAAAAUUGGUUGAAAAAGUGGCAAUAUAAUUAUAAUAUCGUUUCAAACUCUGAAUGUAAAGAUCAAGAACAUGAUUAUGAAUUUCAUAAAGCUCAUGGUGAAUGUAUAACAAGUUACUUUGUAGAUUGGAAAGAUGACUAUAGAGAGAAAAAGAAAAAAGAUUUAUCUUGUGACUUUAGUAUUAAUAAAGUUUUAAAUGCUGAAACAAUUGAAUCAAAAUCAAAUAAUAAUAAUUAUAAUAAUAAUAAUUAUAAUAAUAAUAAUUAUAAUAAUAAUUAUAAUAAUAAUAAUUUAAAUAAUAAUAGUAAUAAUAAUAAUAAUGAAUAUGGAUCAUCGUCUUCAUCUUCUUCAGUAUUAGGAGAAGCUGUUACCGAACAAAUUGAUUGCAACAAUACAAAUCCACCAUUACAACAUAAGAAAUCACAAUCAAUUUUAACAAAUAAUGAAAAUGAUAUUGUUUCACCAUCACUAACAAGUAAUAGUCCAAUUUUAGAUACAACUGUAAAUAAUAAUAAUAAUAAUAAUAAUACCAAUAAUAAUAAUAAAAAUCAAAAUAAUAUUUAUGGAAAUAAUAAUAAUAAUGAAGAAGAUUUUAAAAUUAAAUCAAAAUCAAAUAGUUCAUUUGAAAUUGAAAUGUCAAAUAUUAAGAAACCAAAGAGUAGAUUUAUUGAUAGAGUUAUGGGAAUUUUACAUCAUGUUAAAAUUAGUAAUGAUAAAAUUGAUAAAGAGAUUAUACAAAUCGAUGAAGAUUUUGUAAAGGUUACAAAAUUAAGAAAGUACUUUUUAUUUUUUGAGAAUUUAACCACCGAGAAAUUCUUUCACAAAUAUGUUAUUAUCAAUAAUGUUGUUGAAACUAAAUUCUUUUUAGUCAUUGGUUUAAUAUUACAUUUAAUGUUUUAUUUAGAUGAUCACAUUAUGGAUUCUGCACCUUAUUUCAAUAGUAAUGUAAUCUAUUUGGUUAUGGGUAUUGCAUUUUUGGUUUACAUUGGUUUAUCAUUCACUAGAAUCUUUAGAACUCCAUUGGUUUAUCAAAUAGCUUUCUUUAUUCUCUUAUGCGCAUUUGGUGUUUGUACAGUUUUAGAAUUAAUUAGAUUCCAAAAUCCAUUAGCAAGAUCUUCUUUAACUCGUGUUUGUGCAACUUUAUUUUAUUUAAAUGUUUUCCAUUCUUUAAAUUUCUUAUCUGUUUUAUUUUUAAAUCUUUUUAUUUUUUCAUUUUUCAUAAUUUGUAGUAUUUUAAUUUCACCAACUUUAACAAAUCAUUUAUAUGAAACCGAUUACAUUGGAUUUGUUAUUGUUUUACUUAUUCAAAUUUGUUCAUCCUAUGGUAUGAAAUUGGCAAUGAGAAAAGCAUGGGUUGUAAAUUGUAAAAUCAAUUUUAAGACAAUUAGUGUAAAUAAAGAGAAAGAUAAAUUCAAUUUCUUAUUGAAAUCAAUUUUCCCACAAUCUGCAUUAACCAAAUUAAGAGAUAUGAUAGAUACUCCAAAUAUUGAAACCAAAGGUAUAGUUUAUGUUCAACCACAUCAAGAUGUUUCAAUUAUGUUCAUUCAAAUUGCAGGUUUCCAAGAAUAUGAUGAACCAAAAGAUUUAAUUAAGAAAUUGAAUGAUAUCUUUUCUUUCUUUGAUGGUUUACUUAAUCAAAAGUAUGGUGGAACCGUCGAAAAGAUUAAAACCAUUGGUAACACUUAUAUGGCGGUUUCAGGUUUAGAUGGUAGUCCAUCAUUCUUGGAGAAAAUGUCUGAUUUCGCUUUGGAUGUUAAAGCAUACACAAACUCUGUUGCAAUUUCAAGAGUAGUUAGAAUUGGUAUUAGUCAUGGUCCUUUGGUUGCUGGUUGUAUCGGUAUCAGUAGAGCAAAGUUUGAUGUUUGGGGUGAUACUGCCAAUACCGCCUCUAGAAUGCAAUCCAAUGCUCAAGAUAAUGAAAUCAUGGUAACUCAUAGUGUUUAUGAAAGAUUGAAUAAAUUGUUUUACUUUGAUGAUGAAAAAGAAAUCCUUGUAAAAGGUAAAGGUAAAAUGGUAACUCAUGUACUUAAAGGUAAAAAAGAUCUUGAACAAACAAACAAAUGGUUCACUAAACCACCCGAAGUUUGGGAAGUUAAUGCUACUCCUGCUGGUAUUGCCUCACCAUUAUCUGGAACUCUCUUGGGUGAAAUUGGCUCAUUCACUACUCCAAGAUUCCAUCUUUCAAGUUAA